AUGUCUUCGGAUGGUCCAGAUGCUGCGGGGCAGAGUGUCGCCAGCGGCAGCAGCGGUCUCUCGAAGCGCGAGCAGAUGCGCCUGAAGGCGCAGCAGAAGCUUCAGGAUGAGGCUGGACCCUCUUCUGCCUCCAGCAGCCACACCCACAAGCGCCCGGUGGAGGUCAUCGAUGCACACGACGACGACGAAGAAGCGCUCGGCUCUCUCAGUCUGAGCCGUCCCAAGCGGAAGGCAGCACUCGACCGUCCGGCAACUUACAGCAUCGAUCCGACCGACGAUUCGACCCGCCUCAAGCGUCACCCGAACAAGCUCCCCACCUCAGUAGCAAAGUAUGCCGCAACUUCCGUCAACAAGACCAAAGAAGUCAGUGCGAUGGUCCGCGAGCAGCAACGCAGGAUCAUGCGCGGUACGGACGCAGACGGCUUCUCGAGAGCAGACGAGAUUGCUCGCAGCAUGGAGCAGGAGCGACUCCAUCGCAUGGGCAUUUCCUACGCGGACGAGGGCUUGAACGAUCAGCGUCACAACCCUAGCGAGUCUUCUCGCUCGUCCAAGAUGACCUCAGCACAGGCCUCCUCGUCUCGCCACGCGUAUGGCACGAACGGCAAGGAGCAAGAGCUGACGGUGGGCGACCUGUCCCCGACCAUUCCGUCUUUCUUAUGGUCGUCGCAGUCCGAGGUGGCCGAGUCGGAAGGCGAGAUGGAUGACAUCAACGAUGCAACUUCAGCUAGACAGCGACUCGCUGCAUCCUUCGCCGCUCUCGGUGCAGACGACGAGGAGAAGCAACACGCGCUCGACAUCCUUCAGCAAGACGUCGGCCUGGGCGAUAGCACCAUCGCAGAAACAUUGAAACAGCACAUCACUUUCUAUAGGGCGGGCAAGAUCCUCCCUCCCAAGGUCAGCUACUUCUCGCCGACUCCCGACGUCACAAGCAAAGCUCGUAGCAAGGGCUCGACCGCAUCCUCGCAGGCCUCGCCGCCAUCUGUGGCCGCCGAGCUUGACUGGGACACUCGUGUUCGGCCGAUCCUCCUCGCUGGCUUCCUUCCACCCUCUCUCGACCUCGACAAACGCCAAGUCCGGAGCAUCCUACGUUGGCUCGCCAUCUCCUUCGUCCUCGAGCGCAACGUUAUGCAAAGCCAGCUCAUCUCGAACCUCUUUCAGACGCUGCUCCUGGAGCGAGCGAAAUCUCACUAUACUCGCCAACUCGAAUCCGCCAUCCCCAGAGCCAUGUCGGAAGUGGUGCGCCAAGUGCCACGAAUUCUCAUCAUGAUCGGCAUGGACGAGCUGGUCUUCGAAGAGUGCUUUCCCGACGAUCGCGAAGUGACCGACGUGCCUUGUCUCACAGUGUCGCAGCGCAGACCUGCUGAUUCGUCCGAGUUGACGCAGUUCAAAAAGUACCUCACGCAGGUCGAACGCGACGACAUCCUCAUUAACCUCGCUCGCCUGCUCGAGAUGGUUAUCGACGCGGAGCCUCGUGCGAUCGAUAUCGCGGACCAUGUCUCCAUCUUGGCAGGUUACGUCUCGAGUAUGAUCAUCGCCUGUGCGGCGUCGACCAACUUUACGCUGCAUCAAUCCGUCGGGUCUGCGUUCAGCACCAUCUUUGCCGAAGCUGCUCGCGAGGAAGGCGACACGGUGAGGAAGUUGCAGGAGGAAGUGUGUAGGAGGACGUUCACCGCCUUGGGCAUGGAUUCGCUCGUUGUGCGGGCGAGGGUGGUGACAGCGCUGCCCGGGGAAGGUAGAGAGGUCGGGGCGGUGAGAAGGUGGUUAGCGUGGUGCGCGCUGACCGAGCACGUCGCUCAAGCAGAAACACUUGCGGCCUCGCCCUUGCACGGGGUCGGUGGAGAGAUGGUGCCGUCCUCAGAUCCGAUGGCGGACGACAGUGAGGAGGCCACAGACAGGAAUCUCGAUAAGGAUCACUGGAGACGGACCAGAUUCAACCCGCUUACGGUGGACAUCGACAUGCUCGCCCGCGCGAUCGACUCGAGCGACCCAACCUCCCCCUUCUACGUCGCAUCCAACGCCGCUUCUGCAGCAGCCAAUUCCGCCUCGCAGGAACCGCGCACGACGGACAUCGACACCCUCAUCGCAGGCACGCAGCUCGUCGCCGUUGCGCUUCGCGACCUUCCUCUGCACAUGUGCACCUUCUCCCCCACUCCCGACACGGAGCGGAGCACACCCACCCCGUCGCAACCGGACGGCCCGCCGCAGACACGCAAAACCUGGCCCCGUGCCCUCCGCCUCGCCCUCACACCUUUUCAAUUAUUCAACCCCUCCCUCGAUACCAACAGGGUGGAAGCCCUGCAGGACAUCAUCGCUCGUCUCAACGCCACCAAUAGCAGAAUCAGGGACAAUCGCGGGAAUGUCAUCCUGCAGACACUCGCGAAGGAUCUGCUGCAGAGGACGGCCCAUGCGCUGGAGUACCAGUUGGACAUGUACGGUGGUGGGGCGAGGAUGGGUGCUGGGUUCAUCAGGUAG